GAUGGUCAUCGUGGACGAGGCCCACUGCAUGGACCAGAUGGGUCAUGAAUUCCGCCCUACCUACCUACAGCUCUCCAAACUUGCAGAACUGCAAACACAAAUUGUUGCAUGUACAGCAACUGCCACCCCCACAACAAAGGAGUUCAUCAUCACAAACCUUCAGAUGGGGGAAUGCCGUACCUUUUACCACUCAGUGGACAGAAGGAAUAUUCAAUACUGUGUGCAGUUAAAGGGGAAGACGAGGGAGGUGUGCCAUGGCCAGGUGUGCGAGGUGGUUCUGGAAAACAAGGAUCAGUGUGGCAUCGUUUAUUGCCAGACAGUAAGCGAUGUCAAGGACAUCCACUAUCACCUACAAGAAAACGGGGUAAGAACAGUAAAGUACCAUGGCACAGGGACAGGACAGAACGAGAGGGAGGGAAGACAAAGUUUGUUGGACUGGCAGAGAGGCCUAAAGGAUGUGCUUGUAGCGACAAAGGCGGCAGGGGCAGGGAUAGACAAACCCGACGUGAGGUUUGUCGUCCACCUUGGCUGUCCCUCCUCUGUCCCUGACUACCUACAGGAAUCGGGACGUGCCGGGCGGGACGGAAGGCUGGCGAAGGCAGUCCUGUUGUACAGCCCAAAGGACAAGUCUUUGCACGUAAAGAGGAUCGGAGAGAUACAGGACGAGGCAUACAGGGCGGGAGCUAUCAGAAGACUCUCUGACAUCAUCAACUUUUGCGAAACAGAACUGUGUCGAAGGAAGAUUUUGUUGGAGGCUUUUGCAGAGGAUACGACCUCAUUUGAAUGCAACAAAACUUGUGACAAUUGUCUCAACCCAACUGUGGCAAGAGAGAUUGUCCUGACCACAGAAGCUGCCAGAAUGGUGAGGUGCGUGUCUGCUAUCCGGCAUACUGUGACACAGCCACCUUCAUCUCUACUGGCUAGAGUUUUCCUUGGCCUUGGGUCUGGACAAGAGGUGAAGAAGCAAAAGUUGGAUCAGCUACCUGAGUUUGGUCUGGGAAAAAACUCUGGCUUCAAUCUCAAAAUGUGUGAAAGAUUUAUCCGCAAAUUAACUAGGAUAGAGAUUCUUCAAGAGGUACUAGUGCCUGUGAGUGACACUCGCAAGUUUGCCUCUCUGUACAUCCUCCCAGGGAGGAUGGCAGAGUCUACAAUUCAAAAUGAUGUAAAUGUCACCUUAUUCAUAAGGUAACUUUUUAUUAUGUCUAUGUAUAUAGUUAUCACGAUGUUUAUGUAUAUAGUCAUGUCAUGUAAGCCAAUGAGGGCUAUAUGAUAAGAGUAUGAAUGAUGUAAAUGUCACCUUAUUCAUAAGGUAACUUUUCAUUAUGUCUAUGUAUAUAGUUAGAAUGAUGUUUAUGUAUAUAGUCAUGUCAUGUAAGCCAAUGAGGGCUAUAUGAUAAGAGUAUGAAUGAUGUAAAUGUCACCUUAUUCAUAAGGUAACUUUUCAUUAUGUCUAUGUAUAUAGUUAGAAUGAUGUUUAUGUAUAUAGUCAUGUCAUGUAAGCCAAUGAGGGCUAUAUGAUAGGGUUUAUUUGGAAAUUAUACCUCUUUCUUUAAGUGCA